AUGCUAGAUAAGAUUAAUGCGGGCCGCAACCUUGGCACCUUUGAGCCGAGACGAUGGCUAGUCAAGGAGACGACAGGUCGAGAAGUGUUUAACGCCCAUACCUUGCCAUCCCUUUCAUUUAACGGGAGCUGUAGGAGCUAUUCCGGACGCAAACUCGUAUCCAUGGAGUUUCGCAUCGUUGUCACGCUGCUCAUCUUGAACUUAGAGUUUCUAGAAUUGCCAGAGGAUUUCAAGACCAUGAACGUUUCUGAGAAGAUCUUCCGGCAACCUGAUAAGCCAUACGCGAGAUUGCGAAGCCUAUGAUCAACUGAUGUUGUAUUAGAAAAGUCUGUACCUAUGCUAGUCUGAAUGAGUAAUCUGCUACAAUUUC